AUGACAGAAAACAGCAGAGGCAGGCGCAGUGUAUCGUUUCUCCCCACGGAAACGAACGAAGGAGUAGUAGCAGGAGGAGGGAGAGGAUGUGAAAAGACAGCCGAAAACCACUUAAAAGGCGGAUCCGCCCUGCCGGAGUCUAUAAAAAGAAGAAUAAGGGCGCUUCAAGUGGACACGAAAAAGAACAAACCAAAAGAUUCUAGAGGGUUCCAGGAACAGCAGAUUUUUUUCUGGAAGAGGGUUAAGCAGCUCCUAUGGGAUAGAGGCAAACAAAAAAGGCGAAACCAGCAGACAAAAUUAGCUCUAAAGUCAACCAAGAAGCCUAUGUCGAAGCGAAAGAUCAAAGAGGAGAGUCACAACAGGAACUCCAAAUCUGGAGACAACGAAUAUCGGAGCCUCUGGGAGAGUAGAGAGGAGAAGUACAGUCUAUCCCCAAAGGGAGCACAGUCCCGAACGGCUCAGGGGGGAGCUCACCAACCUAAAUUCGGGAAGGUACAGGAUGAAGGAUGUGAGAAGCGAAGAGGGAAAAGAAGCAAACAGGAUCCCUCCUCGGGGAAGGAAACAUGUGGCCCCAGACACCCCACCGAGGACGAGGGAGACAUAAGGAGAAGGGUGAAGAGAGAGAGGAGAAGGAAGCAUAGGGUGAAGGCGGGGCAUCUCUCCAACAACAAGAAAGGGCAAAGCAGACCCAGAAAGAGGCUAUCGACCACAUUAAAGGGAGAGGAAGAAAAUACCCAGAAAAAGAAGGUACUUAUGAUAAAGCUCCAUAGGGUUCGUAAUGGGACUAGGACCCAUUGGGGGAGAUUAAUGAGAAGAAACAAAGAUCAGACAGAGAACGAGAAGGAGGAAGAUGCAACAGCAGCCACUAACCUGGAGGAGUCCCAGCCCCGAUGA